GAGCGAGAGAGAGCGGUUGGCAGUACUGUUCCGUCUGUUUGCGGAUGACUGUCAAAACCUACUUCCGCGGGCAGUGAGAGCGAGAUCGCCGUCGCCGUCGUCGUCGCCGUCGCCGCUGUCGUCGUCGUCGUCGUAUUCGCGGAGCAGUUCGCCAGCAUCGGAGGGGCCAGGCGGAGCGGCAGCACGCCGUGGAGCGCCCCGUAGACGAUGUGACGCGGUGACCAGCGGUGACAGCGACUCGCGCUUCUCGUGUCUUCUACCAUCGUGCUUCAUCGAGACGAGAGAAAGAGAGAGGAAGUACAAAGCGAGAGCGAGAGAGGGACUUCGCGCCGUUGUCUUUCUCCUCGAUAUACAUACGUUCCGUGCUCCGAUUCUCCGUCGUCAUUACCAUCAUCAUCGGAUAAUUCCGAAGGAAGGAAGGAAAGAAGGAAAAGAGAAAGGGAGAGAAAGAGAGAGAGAGAGAGAGAGCGUCGCGUUCGCGAGAUUGAUCGUGCGCGUACGUGUGCGUGCGAGUGAGAACUUAUAACCUGCCUACCUGUUCCCGCGAACGCGCGAGCGGUACGCUCUGAAAGCCGCAUGCUCGUUGGUGCAUGAAUAGUACAUGAGUCUACUGGACGGUGCCGAUCUGAGGAAUCUCUCAUGGAGGAUAGUCGAGUGUGACGCUAGUUGGCGACGUGCGGGAUUCCACAAGGUGGCUCGUGGGAUAACAUCCAAGGUUACCAAUUCAACCGUCUAGAGAUUCUUCCAUCAAUGUUUACAUUAGCAGAUCUCUAGCGACUUUGUUUCAUCACAAUUAGGCAUAAUGCUGAUCACGUAACAUAAACUGGGCAAGAAAACAAAUUUAGAUACAAAUCUCUCAAUAGAUCAUGCACUGCGCGGCAUAAAAAAUUCAAUUAGGAUAUUUAGAAUAUUUAAUGUUUAAUAUAUAUCUCGGCGUCAUCUUUCAACUGAAUAUUUUCUUCCGUAUCAAAAAGUAUUGCAUCUCUUGCAACGAGAUCAAAACCUCAAUCGAUUAAUUCCUCCAUCCGUUGAAGAUGACCAGCAGACUCGAAGAAACAGAACAGAAAUGGACUUGCGAGUAUUGCACUUAUGAGAACUGGCCUUCGUCUUUAAAAUGCACCAUGUGCAGAGGUGCCAAGCCUCUUCUGGGCGAAGAUAUCUAUCGUCUUCGAGAUCCCAGUCCUCAAAGAGGUUCCUCCAAUGUCGCUUCCGGUCCCGUGUCCCAGAUAAGUCCUGAUAACUUUACCUCGCAAAAUUACAGUCAAAACCUGCCUUCGGCGGGAAAGUGGGCCUGCAGUAUGUGCACUUAUCUCAACUAUCAGAAUACGACGCGAUGUGUACAAUGCAGCAAUCGGAAACCGGUCAAUCAAUCUGUCAAUUCGUUAGCAUCGAAUCUACACGAACAUUUAGCACCGCUGCGACUCGCCGAUGGACCUCUAAACUCAGGAUCGAAUUCCCAGUUGAAUCCCUCGCCGAUUAAUCUCCAUCCGGAAAGAUUGUACAAUAUGCAUCCGGAAAAAUGGUCUUGUCACGUGUGUACUUAUGAAAAUUGGCCCAAGGCAACUAAAUGCGUUAUGUGUGGUCAUCCGAAGGAGAAAGACAAAAGGGAUAAGGGAACGCAAGGAAAUGUAGGAGUAAUUUUACCGAGUCCUGAGAGGGAACAUAGUCAACGGGGCUUACCAUCGCCACCACAUGCACCCUAUAUUCAUCAGACGCAAAGGGAGGAUAAUUUAGCAAUAGGAAGGAGAGGUCCACAUAGGUAUGCAGAGAGUAGGAACGAUAGUUUGUCAACUCCUCAAUCUCCGAAUAACUGUGAUUAUGAGCGUCGAUUGAAGCAAUUAAGACGCCAUACCGAUUGGUGUUGGCUAAAUGCUUGUCUUGGUAUUGUCGAAGGUGACAACACUCCUGUUGAAGCUUAUCUGGCAAGCGGCGGUGAUCCCGCCCGCCAAUUGACGCAUUCUGAGGUUUUACUCCUCAAUAGAAGUAGCGCGUUUGACGUUGGGCAUACCUUGGUGCACUUGGCUAUUAGAUUUCAAAGAGAAGAUAUUUUAGCAACAUUACUAUCACAAAUUGAAGGUUCAGGGUCGGGGGUGAAAAGGGUACCGAGCUACGUUGCACCGGAUCUUGCAGUACAGAUUCGUCGACAUGUUACCAACAGCAUACGUUUACGCAAAGGCUCAUUUCCUUGUUAUUUCGUCACCGACAUGGCCACCUUCGCAUUGCCAGCCGAGGUUGAAGAUCUGCCGAGCAUUGUACAAGAGCAAAUGCUAGAGGAAUUGUUAGAUAAGGAAGCUCAACAGCAAUUGGAGGGCGGUGGUGGUGAACCGCCAGCUCUAAAUUGGUCCUUAGAAAUUACUGAACGGUUAGGUAGUCGUUUGCAUGCGCUCUGGAACCGAUCGGCCGGAGAUUGUCUUUUGGACUCUGCUAUGCAAGCCACUUGGGGUGUUUUUGAUAGAGAUAAUGCUCUGAGGAGGGCGCUUGCCGAUACUCUACAACAAGCUGGACAAUUCUUUUAUCCUCGUUGGAGAGAAUAUGAAGCCUCACAAGCAUCUAGGAUGUUAGAUUUCACUUUAGAAGAGACACAGUGGCAAGAAGACUGGGAAAGCUUGCUAGCGACGGCUGCUCAACCCGGAAGCGCAUUAGAACAAUUGCAUGUGUUUGCCCUUGCCCAUAUUUUAAGACGACCCAUUAUAGUCUAUGGAGUUAAAUAUGUUAAAAGUUUUCGCGGUGAAGACAUAGGUUAUGCAAGAUUUGAGGGCGUGUAUCUACCAUUAUUAUGGGAACCCUCAUUUUGCAUCCGUUCGCCAAUUGCUUUGGGAUAUACUCGCGGUCAUUUUACGGCGUUGGUUCCUAUUGAGCCCUACGCAUCGUCCAGAAUACCGCCUCUCGCGUCCCAUGGAGUAGUGAGUGGCAACAAUAGUCCACUCGAACAGUUACAGAUCCAGAUGCAGACAACUUUUAUGCCACUAAUGGAUCGCGAACAUAAGCUCCUGCCUAUACACUUUCUCACAGCGGAUGAAAUUGGUCGCGAAGAAUCUAUCUACAAAGAGUGGUUGGAUGUAUGCAGAACUGAGGGUGGGAUUCUUGUAGCGCAGCAAAAACUUCAUAAGAGACCAUUACUUGUUGCGCAAAUGUUGGAAGAAUGGUUAAAUCAUUAUCGUAGAUUAGCUCAAACCAACGAAGCGCCCUUCUCGAGACCACCCACAUUACAGGACUAUAGCAGCGAUGGCGAUACCGAAGAUGAGUAAAAUAGUACUUUUAAGAGAAAUGUUGCGACUGACAUGAGAGACAUCUCCGUUCUCGCAAAUUUAUUCUCGACCGGAAAUAUAAAAUGGUUAGUAUUAUUAAACGAAAAUUAUAUAUGAGAUGCCGUACUUUCAUAAGUAAUUCGAUACAGAAUAACUACUACGUCCACUACACUGGCAAUGUACCGCUUAAAAAAUUGGAAAUGCUAUCACAUCACUAUAAAUUACCGUGCGAGCACAAAAAUUGUAAAGUUUGAAUUAGGAUGUGAACUAUCUCUCAAACUUAAUUAUUAUAUAUGAUUAAUAGUAAAAGGGCAAUUGAUUAAUUAUUAUA